AGGAGCUGUUUUGGCUCAGGGCACCCGCCCCGUGACGUGUUCAUCAUGAGGGAGGCCGUCCCCAUGCGCACUUGGGUGCUCCCGCGCCAGCGGAGUCGCUUUGCCACCCUGGCAGCACUGCUUUGCGCCGUGGCGGCCCUUGCCACACAGUGGACGGCAGCAGAUGAGACCCUCAGCCCCACUUUCGCCUACAAGGGAGGUACCGCAGUGGCACCGCGACGAAAGAAAGCGCGGGUGAUUCUGUUGAAGGACUAUGGAAGCCUCGGAAAGAAAGACGACAUCGUGGAUGUGAAGAGAGGCUACUACCGAAACUACCUCUUCCCAGAGGGCAUUGCAAUCAGGGAAAGUUACAGUGAACUCAACAAGAUCAAGCUGGAACAAAAGCGUCAAGCCGAGGCAGAUGCUCAAUUGGUGGCAAAGGCUACGGAACAGAAAGCAAAAAUCGAAAGCCAUGGAGAGUUUGUCUUUGAGAAGAAGGUCCGAGAGGGAAGCGACUCCAUCUACGGAUCCCUAUCUGAGAUCAACGUUGCAGAGGAAGUGGUGAAAUCCACGGCCAUUCCCAUCAAGCGCACCUCAGUCACCAUUCCCAAGGUGACAGCCUUGGGCGAGUACAAAGGAACCAUCGAUCUGGGUGCUGGCAUCACCGCCAGCAUCGACAUCAAGGUGGUCAAAGAAGGAGGCGAUGGGGAUGGCGAAGCCGAGGAGGAAUGAGCAGGACCGCUGUGCUGAGUGGCUGGAAUUUUCCGCUCACCACUAAACCCCAGAAGGGGGCCAUGGCACCUCUGGUUUCUUCGUUCUGUUUCUUUCUCAGCAACAUCCAAACACCAAGCGCUCAGCAACUGCGGUUUCCUUGGGGUGCCACGAGGACUCAGCAGACGCCGGCUGGGGGAAAAGGCAGAUUCGCGAAAGGUUGCGCUCGCGUAGUGGUGUGCAUGUUCAUCAAAA